UAUAAUGCUUGAGUUUUGUUGAAUCAAAGGUCAAAAACAACAAUGGGUUUUCUCAGUUAUCUGUCAUCAACCAAAUUUCUUCUUGCAUUUGCCCUGUUUUUCCUCAAUAGUUUACAAGUUUGUGAUGGUAAGGAAUGCAGUAAUCAUGUUCAUGAUCUAUACAAAUCGAAAUCAACGAGGUACGAAGUUUGCAACUCACGAAAGCAUGAUCAUUUGACCCCAAGUGAAGAAUCUGCUUGGUCUAGUUUAUUUCCUAAGACAAUUAUUAGGGAAGAAGAUGAAUCUAGCUGGAAUUCUCUGUAUCAGAAGAUUAAGUACCCAGAUCAUUAUAAUAAGCUAAACAGGAAUUUUCUUAGAGAAAUUUCACUACAUAAUGUGAGGUUAGAGGAGACUGGUUCAUUUCAUGGUGUAGCUCAACAGACAAAUUUGGAGUAUUUGUUGAUGUUAAAUGUUGAUAGACUGGUUUGGAGCUUCAGAAAAACAGCUGGGUUGCCCACUGUAGGAAGUUCAUAUGGUGGAUGGGAAGCGCCUUCUAUUCAACUUCGUGGUCAUUUUGUAGGGCAUUACAUGAGCGCAACGGCACAAAUGUGGGCAAGCACUCACAACGACACCCUUGGAAAGAAAAUGACAGAAUUAGUAACGGCACUCAAGGAGUGUCAGGAUGCAAUUGGAACUGGUUAUCUUUCUGCAUUUCCAUCUCACUUCUUUGACAGACUUGAAGCUUUACAAGACGUCUGGGCCCCGUAUUAUACUAUCCACAAGAUUAUGGCAGGGUUGUUGGAUCAGCAUAGACUUGCUGGGAAUUCUGAAGCUCUUAAAAUGGUGACAUGGAUGGCUGAUUAUUUUUACAGACGAGUGCAGUAUGUUGUAGCAAUGUACAGCAUUGAACGACAUUGGUUGUCACUAAAUGAAGAAACUGGUGGCAUGAAUGAUGUCCUGUAUCAGGUGUUUAGUUACACGGGUAAUCUUAAGCACUUGUUGCUAGCUCAUCUUUUUGACAAACCAUGCUUUUUAGGAAUACUUGCAAUGAAGGCUGAUUAUAUAUCUGGUUUUCAUGCAAAUACCCACAUUCCAAUUAUUGUGGGUGCUCAAAUGAGAUAUGAAGUAACUGGUGAUGAACUUUAUAAGGAGAUAAGUGCAUUUUUCUUGGAUGUUGUAAACUCCACCCAUAGUUUUGCAACUGGGGGGACUUCAGUCUCCGAGUUCUGGAAAGAUCCAAAGAGGUUAGGUGACAACCUACACAACGAGAAUGAAGAAUCUUGUACAACCUACAAUAUGUUAAAGGUAUCGCGGAACUUGUUUAGAUGGACCAAAGAAGUGACUUAUGCAGAUUAUUAUGAGAGAGCACUUACAAAUGGUGUGCUAAGUAUACAAAAAGGAAGUGAACCUGGUGUAAUGAUCUAUAUGCUACCUUUAGGUCAUGGAGUCUCCAAAGGAAGAAGUCGGCAUGGUUGGGGAAAUCCAUUCGAUUCCUUCUGGUGUUGCUAUGGAACAGGAAUUGAGUCAUUCUCGAAGUUAGGGGAUUCCAUAUACUUUGAAGAGGACGGGGAUGUGCCUCAACUCUAUGUAAUUCAGUACAUAUCUAGCUCACUCAAUUGGGCAUCAACACGAAUUUCACUAGUCCAAGUCGUAGAUAAUGUUGUUUCAUGGAAUCCAAGCCUUAAAGUGAACAUCAAAGUUUCAGCCCAGGAGAUUCAGAGUUCAGGGACGGCAACCUUGAAUUUGCGGAUUCCAUCUUGGACAUCUUUGAGUGGUCUAAAAGCCUCUCUGAAUGGAGAUCCUUUGCCUUUACCAAACCCAGGUAAUUUUCUAUCAGUAUCUAGGAUCUGGGGCAAUGCGGAUCAAAUUGCACUACAGUUUCCCCUGUUACUCAGAACAGAAUUAGUACAAGAUGAUCGACCAAUGUAUGCUUCUCUUCAAGCAAUCUUGUACGGACCUUUCUUGCUCGCGGGUCUCUCAAAUGGAGACUACGAUAUCCAGACAGGACCCGUGGAUUCGGUUUCAGAUUGGAUAACCCCUGUGCCGUCUCACUAUAACUCCCGUCUGGUUUCUCUUGCACAAGAUAGACGAGGAAUCAGGUAUUUCCUCAGGAACCAAAACCAAGUUAUCAAAAUGCAAGCUACUGAAUCUCAAAAUCACUCGUCCUACGUGCAAGCAACUUUUAGGAUCAUUUUGAAGUCGGAAAUCUUAGGAAAAGAGAGUGUUAUUGAUAAAUAUGUCAUGUUAGAGCCAUUUGAUUUUCCUGGAACGGUAUUUGCAUACCGUUCCCAUGAGCCGGCUAAUGGGGUUAUUACAGUUACGGAUUACAGUGCACUCGACUCUAAGUGGUCGGCUGAGUUUGUGGUUCUUAAGGGACUUAAUGGGGAAAAUGAAACAGUCUCUUUUCGAACUAAAGAUGGUUGUUUUCUCUAUUCUGGAGUAAUGGAAACUCAAUCCGACACUGGCGUGAGGCUAAACUGCACAUAUUCACCGGAUAAGGAGGCAGUGAGCUUCCUGUGGAUCCAAGGUCUCAAGAGUUAUAGUUCGAUGAGCUUCGUGGCAAAAGGGUCGAGAAGGAGCUAUAUUCUUGAACCUUUACUAGGGUUGCAAGAUGAAUCGUAUAAUGUGUAUUUCAACAUCACCAAGUACUGA